AUGGGGUUUCGUUGGCUUCCAAAUAUAGCAGAUUUUUUUUUCUCCUUGGCUAGAUUAAUAGAGGACUCGGAAAGGCAGCUAAAUUCAGCAUCGUAUGACAGUUUAGAAUUUUUAGUUCGGCGCCUUGACGAGUAUGAAAGGACCUUGGCAACUUUAACGUCAAGAUUUUGCGAGACUUACGGUUGUGUGCCUGCGCAACAAAAUACUGUCGCAGACCUGUCAUACCUAUGCAAUCGUGUGGCUUUUCUUCGCUCACAUUUUCAACGUUCUCUCGAUUGUGACGACAAUAGUGUUGUGGUUAGUACACCUGGUAACAUUCGUCCUUUACAAAUCGAAUAUUGUAAUAGACCUGGCCGACCUAGGCUUGCCAUAACUCAAGGGCAACUAGAAGCUUUGCAGAGACAGCGGAUUCCGCUGGAGUGA